GCGUCGACAACCCCAGAGCGGAGCGGACGCAACUUUGGGCAUCCUGGCAAGCUGCAGCUCGUCAAAGCAGCGCGCGCGCACGCACACUCGCAAGCUCCGACGGCGUCGUCAAGAUGGGGAAAAUCAACGGCUGCCUCAAAUGUCUUUUUGUCUUCUUCAACGUGGUCUUCGCCAUCAUCGGAUGUCUGCUGAUCUUCGGGGCGGUGAAGGCCAGAGUCUUCAGCGCACAGAUGUCGGCAUUGGGUGCGCCGGGCCUGGGCUGGGUGUGGGUGUUUGCCUUCGGCGUCCUGGGCAUUUCCUGCUUGGGAAUCUACGCCGGAAUAUCGGAGAAGGAGCUGGCCCUCAAGAUCUUUGCCGGCUUCAUGGCGGUGGGGAUGAUCAUCAUGCUCAUCUUUGGCAUCGUGGUGGUCGUCGCGAGGAACAAGGUGCGCGAGAGCUUCCUGAGCGCGUCGGCGGAGGUGGCCGAGCCCUUCAUGGCGGAGGAAGGAUUUCGCGCCGUGCUUCAGCAGCUGCAGGAGAGCGGUCAUUGCUGCGGCUUGGUGAGCGCCAGCGACUGGGGCCACGACAUUCCCGCCACGUGCGAGUGCCGACCCGGACUGGACGGCUACGGGGGUUUCGGGACCUUUGGACAUUCCGGCUGCAAAGCCCGGCCUCAGGGAACCAGCGGCCCCGAGCAGGUCUACCAGCAAUCUUGCGGCCAGCUGAUCGUCACCUACGUUGACUUCUUCUUCAACAUCGCCAUCGGCUUCCUGUUUGGCUUCGCCAUCACGGCGCUGCUGGGCCUGCUGGUGGCGCUCCUGAUGAUCCACCAGGUCAGACGCCACGACCAGGCCGGCGCCUCGUCCGUGGCCAUGAAGAGUUACUGACGCGGGAACAUCAGCAGUUGGCGCUCUUGCUGCUCAAAACCUACGCAAAGCUUUUGGGUCUCCUGCACUAUAACGACGAGACGUUUACAGUCUGCUUGCACUGCACCUUUUUUUAUACCUUUGCUAAAGAUACUGUACACACGCACGACCGGUUUUGAAUUGCAUUUUUGUAAACGAGAAAUGCUCCAUUGUUUUGAGUCUCAUCAAUAUUAAAUUGUCCUCUUUGGUUACGA